ACGGCGCCCGGCGCGGGGGGGAGGCGCUGAAUAGCUGUGGGUGAGGGCUGGCUGUCUGCAGAGGAAGAGUGUCUUGUCGCUGCUUGUGCCAUCAGUAGAAAACCACCAAACUUUAACCCAAGUGACGUGUAGAAGCACACCUCUGCCUUCUCGUAAAGAUGGAAGACAGAGAUACAUCCGAGAGCCCCGUGGACAGCCAGCAGGACGAGGACAGCCUGAGUGUAAAGACCAGUCAGUCCACAUCUCCCUUCACAUCCCAGCUCAAAGCCAUGAUCCGCAUUCGUCACAAGUACCAGGCCAUGAAGAAGAGGCGUGCAGAAAUGAACAGCCCCGUGCAGAUGGCCCACCGGUUCUCCCACCGCUCCACGGGGCCAGAGGUCUUCACUUUUGAGGAGGCAGCCACGGCCUGCACUUUAGAGACUUCCCAUCGGAGGACGAAGAGGAGGAAGCGGCAUGUGCUUUUCCCCAACGAUCGGCGCAAGUGCCUUCCUAGCAAGGACCGCAGCCGCGCCAAGCCUUUCCUGGUGCUCCUCAGUGUCAUCGUCUUCCUGCAGGUCUACAAUGCCAUCGAGAACUUGGAUGACCACGUGCUGACCUAUGACCUGGAGGGUCUGGAAAAGACACUAAAGCGGGAGGUCUUUGGCCAGCUGGAGGCCACAGAGGAGCUCCUCAGGCACCUCAAGGACUACCUGUCUACCUACGUGCACAGCAAGCCCCUAGCGCUGGCCCUGCAUGGCCCUAGCGGCGUGGGAAAGAGCCACUUGGGCCGCAUCUUGGCUCGCCACUUCCGCUCUGUAGUGGGGGAGCGCCUGGUCAUGCAGUACUUUGUGUUGCAUCACUGCCCCCAGGAGGAAGACGCCGGGGAAUGUGCGCUUCAGCUGACCGCACAGGUCACUGAGGUGGUGAAUCAGGCCGAGGAAGAAGAGAAGAUCCCGGUGUUCAUCUUCGACGAGGUGGAGUUCAUGCACCGGCCCCUGCUGGACGCCGUAUACAGCCUACUGCAGCCCGGGCAAAAUAACGAGUACCUGAACGCCAUCUACGUGCUCAUCGGCAGCCUGGGUGACUCAGAGAUCACCCGCUACGUCCUGCAGAACUCCUCCAGCGAGGCCGUGGAUGGCCAGAGGAGCACCGGGAGGCUCAUUCGGGAGCUGGUGUCCCUCCUGCGCCAUGUGCUCAAUGGGCACCACAUGCUGUGGAGGGACACAGAGCUGGUGCCCCUCACAUUGUUGGAGAAGAGGCACGUGAUGGACUGCUUCUUGGACGAGAUGACCCAAGAAGGCUUCUACCCGGACCACUCGCACAUUGAGCGCCUGGCUGGGGAGCUCUCCUAUUAUACCUCUGCGGGGCGGCGGUUCUCCCACAAUGGCUGCAAGCAGGUCGUAGCCAAGGUUAACCUUUUGUGAAGAAGAAUUUACCCUGUAUUACGGCACACCUGUGUUGUUGAGGGACUGCACUGUCAACGCACAGCACCCUAGUGUCGAUGGGGGACUAGAGGAACUGUUGGGUGUGAGGAUCAAAAAAAUACUAUGAAACUAUGAAAGUACAACAAGGAUUAAGUACCAAAGGGGAAGCUGUGUGAGGUUCCUCUGUUGGGAUAUACAGUGGACUGCAUGUUCCUGGUUGCUGAAAAGGUGUAUUGAGCACUGUGCAAAGUUCUUUUUUCUUAAUAAAGUAUGUGGGUUUUGUUUAGUAAGACACCACCCCCCACUGCGGUUUUAAAAUUCCCCAGUCAGUAAAUGCAGUAAAUGAUUAUCUGCUGAAGCUGGUUUCUGUCAUUGCAGGGCUUCUGGGUAUGUUGCUGUUAUGAUGCUGUUUGUGGGAUUUGACUGGGUUGCUGGGUUGUUGCCGUACCCCUGGAUGUUUUCGUCCCUCUGUUGCCAUGGGCCUGGGUGACUGGCAGCAUUCUGUGUUCCCGAACUCACGAACCUGUGGCACUUAGGGCUGACUGCUUUCAUUGAACUUUCUGAACCUACAGUUGCAUGAUUUGAAGUUGGACGCCCAUGGUUUCAAAAAAACAAACACCUCAUAAAUAGCUCAGCCUUCCCUGUCUGGUUGUACUAGAACAAUUUCACCAAGUCCAAAGUGCCUAAAGACAAACCUUAUCAGAUGGUGUCACGCAAAUCUAUAUUCCAGACAAAUUAUUCUGGUUGCAUGAACUUGUUGGGCUUUUAAUUAAAGAGCAAUUUAAACACCCAUCAACUAAAACCUAAAGACUAGACCUCAAACCAUAUACAGAGUCUUAAGAAUUAUUUCAUAUUAAAAUGCAAAUAAUUAUAGUUAAAAGUAUUAGGUUUGAAAUCGGUAGGGAAAAAGUAGGGAUGAAAUUCUAGUGGAGUUUUCAAAUAUACAUUUAAGUCAUAAUGUGUGACUAAGUAAAUAAUUUUCAAAAGCUUUAACAGCAAAUCUAAAGCAUCUGCCAGACCACAGGAAGUUAGAUGCAUCAGAGAUCAGCAUAUGAUUCUAGCACAGGAUACAGAAUUCUAGCUGUCAUAGUGUACAUAGAGGGUACAGGAGGUUACAAAGACUGAGUCUGCAUUCCUUUACAUAAUGAAAAGCAAGAUUUCAUCAUAAUUCAUUUGUCUGCCAGAGUACAGGUCUUCCCAGUGAAAAGAAAACAGCAUCCCUGCAGUCGAGACUCCAUAGGAUGAAAACAGUGUUACUGGCAAUGACUGGGACCUGGCUAAGAUUGUUCUAAAAGGGACACACACAUUUAAAAUUGCUGACUUAUUGCCUGUUAAACAAUUUCUGUCUAGCUUUAUAACUGAAUGUUAGUGUAAAUAUUGUGUACAUUGGUAACACCUAGCCUCAUAACUGGGUGAUUAUGAAAGCUUUGCUCAGGGGUAGAUAAGCAUUUUUAUUUCUUUAACAGAUGCUUUUAUCCAAAGUAACAUGCGAUAGGGGAUUAAGGGCCUUGGUGAAAGGCCCAAUGGUGACAUCACUUUGCCGACUACAGGAUUUGAACCUGUGGCUUUCUGAUAACAGCCACAAAGCCAACACAUUCUUUUUUAUUUAAGGCAGUGUUUCCUGGUAGGGAACUGGAAGGGAGUAAAAAUGUGAACUGUCUGAUAGGGAGCACAGAGGGCGCAAAAACAUGGACCGAUUGUCGGUGCCGGAGGACCGGAUUGGGAAACACUGAUGUAAGGAAAUGUGAUCACUUUCUACACUCCAGUCAAUACAGCUGAGGUAUACCCAUAAAUAAGCUAAAAUUUUAAAAAGCAUAAUAAACAAGCUAGUAUCUUUACUGAUAAAAUAAAAUAUCAUCAUUUCAUUUAACACAGUUGUCAUUAAUCAAAGUCUAUGGCAUAUUUUGAAAGAACUCAUCGGUGGGGAUAGUGACACAGUUAAAGACAAAUUACAUGAGUCAGUGUGGAGGGGAAAUUAACGUUGCCUCUUGAAAGCUAAAUGCACUGUCAGCUACUUACUGAUUCAGUAAGAGAGGAGGAGAAUAAUGACUGACCGAAAAACAGUCUGUUUUACCUUUCCCAGUACUGUCCCAAGACACAUCAUGAUCGAUCUUCCUCAACUGAAUGCAGGAAAGGUGAAAGAAACUGGAUCCUUUACCAAAACCCAAAUAGCUUUGUGCAGGAAGGCAUUCCCCAGACAAGGCCUAGAUGGAUUAGGCUGACAUUUCAAGAAUUUACAGGAAGUAGAAAAAAUAAAUCACCAAUCAUUCAUUCUGUUCAACACCAAAACGAAAUUGCCGCUCUAACCAAACAGAUCUAGUCUGCUACAAAGAGGAAAACAAGACUGUAUUACAUUAUUGGCCAAAACUGUGGAAACAUCCAGCAUUUUUAGUAAAUUUACUACAGAAAUAUUGGCAGUGAUGUUUAUAGACAAUCAAAGAAUGUUUACAAAUAUCAUGCACUGAAUGAUUAAAUAAGUAACUGGAAUAACUGGAAUGAGGUUCUGCACUCUAAAAACUGGACGUGUUUCGACAAUUUUAGCUUCUAGUGUAGAUAGAUACCAUCAAGCCAGCAGAAUCAGUGCUUAGUAAUGAAUCUCCUUAACAAUGAAUGGCCAGUGAAGUAGGUAUGGAACAAGUCAGCAGUACUGCUGGUGUCAAAGAGUCACAAGUCAAGGAGUCAAUGGUGAAUAUUCUGUGAAGUGACUGUGUAGGGGCAGUAUGCAGGUAGGAAUGCAUAAAUGGCUGCUUUGAGAUCUUUCAUUUUCAUUAUUAGAGCUACCUUAAGAAUUUUUGACAUUGUGAAGCUGCUUUAAUCAUAAUAAUAUCUUUAUGAGUUUCUGUCCUUCUUAGGCUAUUGCCUUGACAAUAAAACUGCCCGUAGAUUAACCAGCUUGGUGUACUUAACUGAGAUGAAAAGGCAGAAAUCACGUCUUAGAAGGUGGAAAGUGUUUAAGUGCGUGACUAAAGACAUGACAGGACGUGAGGAUGAAAGGCAGAAAUCCAAGAAGGACCACGUGUGGGCUAGCCGGCUUUUGCAGCAGUUCCCUGCUUGCGUGCAUAGCCCCAACGCAGGCUGGAUGAAUAGCAGUAGAUUAAAGUUGCAUUCCUCACAUUUUCCUCUUUGUGGUUCAUGCCUGGGGUGUCACCCCUGUUAGACCUUCUGAAGGGACGAUUAAGAUGAAUAAUGAUGUGAUCGUCAUAUGCUAAUUUCUUAAAAACAUUUUUUUAGGUUUUAUAAUGCCUGCCAUGUUAAAUGGUCAGGAAUCAAAUCCUUCGCCAACACAUUUCCAAUUUUCAAUUGUCCUUUACCUUUCAUACGGACGCAUCCUUGGGAGCAACUUUGCUACCUUAUAACAUACGACGAGCACGGGAGAUACACAUGUCAGAUAGAAAGGAGAAAACUGGAGAAGUUCAUGCUGCUGAGCGUGAUAGUGUCUUAAAUACCAGUCUAAAAACAAAUGGGUGCACCUCCCUUCCUCGAGGAGUUUCCACAAACACAAAGGGCCAGGUGCUGAAAACAAGGAGCAGACUUGUGACCUCAAGCACAAACAUGUGAGCAAACAAGCAGUAAAAUCUUCGGAGUCAGUCAGGGUUCAGCUGCACUGUGCCGCUUGCAGUGAAGUGACUCAGAUAUCAGUUCAUGCUUUAAAGUGGGUUCCUGCACUUGGGGCACCCAACCAGAAUACAUCUUAGAGUAAAUAAAACAGAGAGAAAUACUUAUUACACUCUCAGCAAGGGUAAAAAUUUGUACCUUUGCAUGUCACUGGGGCUGUACCCUCAAAGUCUGCCCAUUGUAUCUUGUACCUUUUAUGGUACAGAAAUGGACUCCGAGGAACAUUUCUAUAACACAACUUUAUGGUAUAUUAAUGAUGUUUGUACCCUUGGGAUGUUCAUCAGAGUCCAUUUCUGUACCUUAAAAUGUUUAAUUACAAAGGUACAGUCCCAGUGACAAGCAAAGAUACGAUUUUUUACCCUUUUCUCUGAGAGUGUACCUGUUUGAGCUGUUCACUGUGACCUUAGAAUUGUGACAAUCCUCUAUUGUCCUAUGAUACAAUUGAUGUUAGUAACAUACAUGUAGUCAUUAUGUAUAUAUCAAAGUGAAUAAAGCAAAGCAUUUAUAACCAAACCAUUAUUUUCACGCACAUAGGAUGAUCGGGUUGGGGAGCAUGCAUUGGUACACGUUGGUAGAUUGAUCUGAGCAAAAUCAUGUCCAAUAUCCACUGAGCCUGUUUGGUAAUACCUUCAAUCAGAGGAACUCUGACAGAUAAAAUUACUAAAUAACAUGUUUGAAAAAUACCCUCAAAUUACAGAUAAUGAGCAGACAUAUCAAUAAUGAGCUUACAGCUGCUAAAUAAAGAAGGAGCAAGCCAUGGGGCAAACGCUAAAAAAAGCUGAAGAAUGAAAGAAAAAGGCACCCUCCCUGUGAGGUGGAGCCGCUCCCUCCGUGACUAUUUAAAGAUGGGGAGACGCGAGAGGAAGACACGACAAGUUAAAAGCAGUGGAGAGGCAGACAACUGAAAGAGAGACAAGAGGCAGACGGGCAAAGAAACCAGAAGGGAGAGUGGAGAAUCAGGGGAGCACACAGCCACCUGCGCUACCUCUAAAAAGAAGCACAGAAGAAAAGAGAAGAGAAGGAGGAGGAUGCAGAACAGUCCUGAAAUGAGCACGUGCUGUUACAGAGUCCCGUUUCAGCCCCAAGGCGCUGCCUCCAACCUCAAUUCCACCUGGCCUUUGCUGCCUCGACCUCGGGGACGGCGCCACCUCAAAGUGUUGUACCCCCCCUUGGUCAGGAGGCCACUUCCACAAGAUGGAGCGAGUCCGACCAGACGAUGGCUGCUGAUUCUCAUGGCCUUGCUGUUCCUGCAGAUAUACAGUGAGGAAGUGCUGGACCUUCCUGAAGACCAGCACAUAAAUCUUGAGGAGGAAUGGAAGCCAACAGCUGGGCAGUGUGCUUUUGCAGAGGAGGCAGUUAGUAGCUCAUGGGUCUACGCUGACCAAGGAAUUGAGGAGCCUUGUUCUCAACAAAUCUGGGACAAAAGUUACAUGAGGGGAAACUGGUCUAACCACAGAAGGGGCCAGAAUUUGAGCAGGCACAACAGAUCUACAAUGCAGAAGGUCCUGAGGUCUACAGUGAAGAAGUACCACAGAGUCUGUAUGUGAUAUCGCUGCCAGUCGAUGCCCAUCAAGAAGCCCCUUCUAAAAGCUAACCUAGCUACCUCUGAAGGGGAAACGGACGUUAGGGUGGAAGAGGAGGACCCUGGACAAAAAAACACAUCUAGCUGUGAAGUAAGAGGAAGAGUUCGUGUAAACACACAACUUCCGCAGCCAGGGACUGCAGCAGCUGCUCUGAAGCGAGGUUUGGUGCUGUAACCGGAGCACCAGCAAUGUGAUUGGUUGACGUGGGCCACGAAAAUACUGGGGCCGGGCCACUCAGAAUGAGUCAGCUGUGAAAGUGAGAGAGAGUGAGCAAAUGUCUGAUGCUGCACUGGGUAUGCGUCUGACUAUGCAUGCCUCAGAUUCUCCGUGAGAAUACAUCUCCCGUGUACUCCUCUGCCUACGUGUGUGCAUGCGUGUGUGCUCAGCUCACCCGAGCCUUAAGCAUUACUUUGAGAAAAUGUGACAUUGUUUUAAAAAAUGCUACCAAAGCGCUGUGUUUAAAGCGGACGGGCUAUGGCGCGGCCACUGACAGCUCGCGUUCAUUAUGCGUUCCUGUCUGGUGCUUUAAACCCCUCAACCUUGGAUGGAGUUUUUUCAGUUACGUCUCAACCACAUUAGAGGUGGCUACUUUGAAAUGUAUGAUGCAAAAUCGAUAUUUUGGCUUCAAAAAAAUACAUGUAUUUUUAUGUUGUUGCAUAAAAUAUUAAACCAGCUCAAAAAGAAACCUACAUGUUAUUUUAAAAACACUGAAUAAUGUCUGAUAUUUAUGUAUUUAUGUCUGAUUAUAAAUACUGGAUUUGAUACAAACUAUUUGUACAGCUAGACAAAACAUGGAUGUAUCAUAUAAAUAAGUAAGUAAAACUGUAAAA